AUGCCCAGACUUGGGAAGUUUGGACUUCAGUCUAGUGAACCACAGGCCCCCAAGCCCGAGGAUUUGGAGGAUUUGAUUGUCCUCACCGAGCCCUUGUUCGAGCAGGAUGUGGAUGAAGGCCGAGAGCAAGAGGUCACCCGAGAAGAACUGCUGAACGUGAUCCUGAAUAUGCGCGGAGAUCGGGAUGUGCGGAUGGAGGAUCUCGUUCGACUACGUUGUGACUUGCGCCGCUACCUCUCGAGGCAGUUUCAGCAGUUGACCUCCUACUUCGAUGGUGAGGUCGUGGAUGCCCAGAACUCUGCAGCGCGUUUCUCAUUGGCACCUACCUGGCGCGCCAUCGGCCAAUUCACCGCUUACUCCUUGCAACUGGAAGACUUCAUCCGAAAGAUCUCCGGUGGCGGUGGGCGCUACGUCCUUCCGCUUCCGCUGAAGCGCGAGGCACAACGGCACAUGAAAGCCGUCCGGGAGUCUCGGUGCGAAGGGCGUCGAACGCAGCAUCCGCUGGUGCAUCGGUGCAUCCGCAGCUGGCUGGCAUGGAGAGGUCCUUCAUCCGUUUCUGCUCAACCGGCGCAUAUCGAUGCAUAUCGCAACGGAGAUGCUAGGAUGCUAGGAUGCUAUGCUAGGAGCUCCAGCGAGUGCGGCGGCACAUGGACAAAGAUGGAGACCUUCCUGGAGCAAGGCUCCCGCAGCACCCAUGACGCUCAAAUCUUCGCAACGCUGCCAGUGGAGGUGGAAGGCGGUCGCAGCCAGCGUCGCCUCUCGCGCCUGGCAGCUGCCAGUGGCAGUGUGCUAGCGGCCUUCCAAGGUGGCGAGGUGGCACGAUGGUAUCCCGAUGAGGACGAGUUCGCCUUAAUCGACUUCAAGGAGCAAGUAGGUGAAGUGAGUCGGGUCUUCCUGGACGUGACGGGCUUUCAUGCACUGCUGACCAACAGCAGCGGUGACAGCUGGUACUUGAACUUCCAAAGUACUCAGGCGCUUCGCUUGUCCAAGCUGAAGGGCCAUGUCUUGGAAAGUGCCUCCUGGGACGUGGAAGCAACCACCAGCAGCACCCGCGACCUUUUGCUCGGGACCCGUGCGGGACAGAUCCUUCAAGUGGUCAUCGAAUCCAAGGAGAAGUCCAUUAAGACCCUUUGUGAGUUCGAGCGUGCUGCUCCCGUGGUGGGCCUACGAAGAGAGAGAGUCUUCUCCACGGAAGAUGGCCUGGAGCGACUGGUCUUGUUUGCAGCGGCGGGCUGCAGCUUGUAUGCCUUUGUGGGCGCUGGAUCCCUUGAGAGCCUCUUCCAGAGAUACCAAGGGGAACGCGUGACGAGCCGCGCGCGCAUCUAUGAAGUCCCCUUCGACUCGCCGUAUGGCGACUUGCAAGUCGAUGAGGCUUGCGUGGGCCCACCGGGCACGAAGGUGCUUUUUUGGCUUACUGGAGUCGGAGUGCUGGCAGCCAAAGUGCUUUCCAUGACCAAGGACGCAGCUGGCAGCACCUGUUUAUUGGAGUCUCCACCUGGCUUGGUGCCCUUCCCUAGUAAGACUGGCAGCGGACGUACUGGAGUGGUCUCCUCCUUCCUACCUGCGCCCCCGCCCCCGGCGCCCCGGUCCAUGGCGCUGACGAAGUUUCACUUGAUUUUCGCCUUCGAAGAUCGAUGGGUCGCCGUGAGCCGCAUCACCCACGAGGUGGUCCAACAACAAGAUUGGGCCAUGUCCACUUACGGCCCGCUCCGGUGCCUCGCGCGGGACUGGCACGGCGAGAAGCUGUGGCUCUGCUCCGAGCGCCAUGCCUUCGAGGUGAAGAUCCACCAGGAGGAACGAAAUGUGUGGGCCUUGCUGCUGCGAUUGGAGCAAUUCGACGAUGCUUUAGCGGCCUGUCGCAGCCCCUCCCAGCGGAUGCGCGUGCUGUGCGCACACGGGGACUACCUCUUCCGGAAGGAUUUGGAGAUCGAUGCUGCCAGGAAGUUUGCAGAAGCCACGGCCGUCCCGUUCGAGCACGUGUGCCUGCGCUUCUUGGGCGCUGACCGAAAGGCAGGUCUCUUGGAAUAUCUCCGCUUGCGCCUGCGCCGGGCCGGUGAUCAGGUGACCCGAUCCUUAUUGAGCGUUUGGGCCGUGGAGAUCGCCUUGGCACGCCUGGACGAGCUGCGUUGCACAGAGGCUGCACAGAGCUUGGCUGCUGAGCGGCAGCAGCUUCUGGAGCUUCUGCAGCAGUGCACCGAACUAGACGUGCAUGCGACAAUCUACCACCUGCUGCAGAGCCAUGGCUGGCUCGAUGAGCUUGCGAGCUUUGCAGAGAUGCGGAAGGAUUUCACCACAGUGAUUUUGCACCACGUGAGCCGGCGCGAGGGGACGAAUGCGAUUCGAAAGCUGCAGCACUUUGGUGCGUCCGCCGGACAAGACCUGGUUUGUAACUUCGCGCCCGUUCUUUUCGGCUCUGCUCCGGCAGCCUUCACCUCACUCCUUCUGAAGCAGCCCAGCUUGGAUCCAUUGCUGGUGCUGCCAGGGGUCUACUCACCUCAGGGCAUGCCCACUCACAGGACGGAGGCCAUCCGGUAUUUGGAGCACGCGGUGCGGCAUGGCGCCGAGCAUCCGGAGAUGCCGAGCUUCAAGGGAAGCGCCUUCCGCGCAGCAGGACACCUGCUGCUGGACCACCCAGAAGAUGGGACACAGCGCUCAGGCUGGGCGAGUGGCACUGCUCUUCUGAAUGCACUGGUGGUCAUGUUUGCUGACGGCGGUGAGGAGACAGGCACGGACGGAGACGCAGAGGAGGCCUUGUUGCGCUUCUUGCAGGCGCAGGAGGGCAAUCCUCAGCUGGACUGCCACUUCGCCUUGCGCAUCUGCCGCCAGAAGGGGCUCAUCAAGGCCAUGGUGCUACUCUACGGCUUGAUGGGCAUGCAUGAGGCGUCUUUCCGGUCAGCGGCCGGGGUCCAAACGGAUUGA